AUGUCCUCCACAAACAGACAGGUCGUCAAAGCAAGCGACGAAACAACGCCAUUACUCGCUUCUGUAGAAAUCGGUCCUAACGCGGAGCCGAUCGACCCCCCAACUCAGGAGACUGCCAUCACAGAGGGAGCGCAUGCAGACGAUGGAAAUGCGCCACUACCACGAGCCCAGAUCUUUCUGCUAUGCUACACCCGCGUCGUGGAACCAAUAGCCUUCUUCUCCAUCUUCCCCUACAUCAAUUCCAUGAUCGAGCACGUAGGCGGCAUCGAGAAAGCAGAUGUUGGAUUCUACUCUGGACUCAUCGAGUCCCUGUUCAGCUUCACGCAGAUGUGCGUUAUGAUCUUCUGGGGCAAGGCGUCGGAUCGCUAUGGGCGGAAACCCGUGCUUGUUUUCAGUCUGCUGGGCAUUGCGGUUGCGACGACGCUGUUUGGCAUGAGUCAGAGUAUUGCGCAGAUGAUCGCUGCGAGGUGCUUUGCGGGUGUUUUCGCAGGGACGGUCGUCACGGUCAGGGCGAUGCUUAGUGAGAACAGUACAAAGCACACGCAGGCUAGGGCUUUCAGUUAUUUUGCUUUUGCGGGGAAUUUGGGCAUCUUUGUUGGCCCGCUUCUUGGCGGUGCUUUGGAGAGGCCGGCUGAGAAGUACACUCGUGUAUUUGGAUACCAGUUCUUCCGAGACUACCCAUACGUUCUUCCUGGGCUCGUCACCUCUCUGGUGGCUCUUUCAGCAGCCAUAACGACGAUGUUCUUUGUCAAAGAGACCCUCAACAUCCACGAGGACAAGAGGAAGACCGUCAAACCCCCAAUGACAAUCUGGCAGCUCAUCAAAUCCCCCGGCGUAGCCCGAGUCCUCCUCAUCAACAACUACGUGAUGCUCCUAGCCUUCACAUUCACCGCCGUCAACCCCGUCUUCCUCUACACCCCCAUCCGCCUCGGCGGCAUCGGCUUCCCACCCGAACUCAUCGCCGCCACAAUCGGCCUAUCCGGCGCCUCGCAAGCAGUAUGGCUCCUUCUCAUCUUCCCCUCGCUGCACAAACGCGUGGGAACGGGCCAAAUCCUGCGCUUCUGCGCACGAGCAUGGCCCAUAUUCUUCGCCAUCCAUCCCUGCUUUAAUCUCCUCCUGCGCCACGGCCAGAAGACAGCAUUUUGGACCCUCGCGCCGCCCGCGCUGGCACUCGGUAGUGGAGUCGCUAUGGCGUUCACGGCCGUGCAGCUCGCUGUUAACGAUAUCGCGCCCAGCCACGAGACGUUCGGAACGCUGAACGCGAUCGUGCUUGCCCUCAUGAGCGGAUUAAGGGCUGUCGCGCCUGCGGUGGCCACGAGUGUAUAUGCAACGGGUGUCAAGUAUCGCAUCAUGGACGGUCAGUUGUUUUGGGUGCUUAAUAUUGCGUUGGCGAUGGGGUUGCUGGGCGUGUUGAGGUUGCUACCUGAGAAGGCCGAGGGGAGGGCGGGGAAGGUGGAUGGUGUGGAUGCGUAG